UCUCCCAAAUUCGAAAUGGAUAGCCGUUGCCUAAAGGUUUUCAGUUCGGGUUCCGGAAUGGAGACUAGUGCAGGCGUUCGAGGCGGCCUCGUUAUCGGUAGAAAGCAAGGUUUCUGGAGUUUUGAUAUAUGGAAACUUAUGCUUGGAUUAUGCUGGUUUUUACUUCAUCAAGUGGUCAACACAGUGCAUUUUGUGCGGGGUAUAGCUCAUGUGCUAGAAAGCUAUCUCAUCUCAAGUGGGUUAUUGGAGAAGUACAAGAAUUUUCAACUAAAGAAACUUCGGUACCUUGCCAUCGUGGUAGACAGUGAAGAAGCCCUUCAUAUCUCUAGUGUUAUCAAGCUUUUGCAUUGGUUGUCAGCUUUGGGAGUGAAGCAUGUCUGCCUUUAUGACAUGGAGGGUGUGCUAAAGAAAAAUAAGGAAGUGCUUUUGAAGAAUUUGAGUAAUACAAUACCAUGGGAGUUCAUGCAGGAAACUGAUGAAAAGGCUACCCUUCUCGAUGAAGACAAAAUGACGUUGGAAUUGCUUUCAAUCUCUGAUGGGAAACAAGGAGCUGCUAAAGCAGCUAGCUUUCUCUGUUCAAAGUAUUUGAGAGUCGCCAGCGGAGGUGGAGAGCAGAAGAUACCAAUCUUCAGAGAACCUGACAUGGACCAAGCACUGAGAGCAGUCGGUUGUGGAGGACCAGAUCCUGAUCUCCUUUUAAUAUAUGGACCUGCAAGAUGCCAUUUAGGAUUUCCUGCAUGGAGAAUACGAUACACAGAGCUUGUGCACAUGGGAACACUUAAAUCCAUGAAAUAUGGUGCCAUAGUAAAAGUCAUUUACAAGUUUACGAGGGUGCAACAGAACUAUGGUAAAUGAGGUGGUUCCCAUCAUAAUGCCAUUGGUGGACACGAGUGCAAAGCAGCUGCCACGGUAUGUGAAGGAUGGAUUGAUGGAUUGCCAAAUUUAUCAGCAUAUUUAAAUAAGAUGGUUUACUUAGUUGCCAUUUGUAUAUUAGGUCUGGGAGACAGGUUUGUUGGGCUUGUAAUAAACAGGAUAAGGGACGCCUACUAAACUUCCUUGGUUAUGAUGGAUGGAAUGGAACAAGGAGUCUUUUUCUUUUCUAUAAUGUAGCAAUGAUAGUUUCCUGGUC